AUGAGAUCUUGUCUUCUGGGCCCCCGGGCGCUGUGGUACCUGCUUUUGGUGGUGUUGGUCUUCUUGGUCUUCGCCCUCCCUUCUUUUAUCAAAGAACCUAACACAAAGCCUUCCAGGUAUCAAUAUGUAGAGAAGAUUGAAGAAAGGCUUCAGAAGUGGUUACGGAAGGCCGUGUUCCAGGCGUCCACCCAGGGAUGGAGGACAAACCAGGCCAAGGUGGAACAAGAGACCACUGCCCUGGACACCCAGCCCGGGCCCACAGGCCGCAGCGCCGGGGUGAGCAGGAGCGCAGGGAGCAGCCCAGCACCCAGGCAGGAGCAGGACACCAUGCCCAGAGCCACGGAACACACGCAGGCACCAAAAGGUCAGGACAAGGAGACUCACGGAAGAAGGGUGAGCCAGCAGGACAAGGCAGAAAUGCCAGCGCUCACACGGAACAUCACAGCAACAACACCGAGGAAGGAAGCUGGGAUCCCAGCAGCCGCUGCCCCAGCCACCCCACCCCCGCCCCCACCCCUAAAUGCCACCACCCCCAGACGCCAGAUGCUGAAGGCCGCCAACUUCAAGUCUGAGCCUCGGUGGGAUUUUGAGGAGGAGUACAGGUUGGACGUGGGGGGCCUGCAGACGAAGUGCCCUGACUCUUUGAAGGUCAAAGCCUCCAAGUCUGGGUGGCUGGGGAAGCUCUUCCUGCCCAGCCCCCUUCUCUUCCUGGACUCCACCCGCUUCAGCCCGAGCGAGUGGGAUCGGCUGGAGCACUUUGCGCCCCCCUUCGGCUUCAUGGAGCUCAAUCACUCCCUGGUGCGCAAGGUGGUCAGACGCUUUCCCCCAGUGCCCCAGCAGCAGCUGCUCCUGGCCGGCCUCCCUCCAGGCGGCCCCCGGUGCAUCUCCUGCGCCGUGGUGGGCAACGGGGGCAUCCUGAACAACUCCCGCAGGGGCGCGGAGAUAGACGGCCAUGACUACGUGUUCCGACUGAGCGGCGCUGUCCUUAAAGGCUAUGAACAGGACGUGGGUACGCGGACGUCCUUCUACGGCUUCACCGCCUUCUCGCUGACCCAGUCCCUCCUCCUGCUGGGCAGGCGAGGUUUCCAGCACGUGCCCACGGGCACGGAUGUCCGCUACCUCCACUUCCUGGAAGGCACCCGGGACUAUGAGUGGCUGGACGCGCUGCUUCUGAAUGAGACUAUGGAAAGAAAGAGUCUUUUCUGGUUCAGGCGCAGGCCCCAGGAAGCGUUUCGUGAUGCCCUGAAAUUGGACAGGUACUUCCUGCUCCACCCGGACUUCCUCCGCUACAUGAAGAACAGGUUUCUGAGAUCAAAGACCUUGAACACUACCCACUGGAGGAUCUACCGCCCCACCACGGGCGCCCUGCUGCUUCUCACCGCCCUUCACCUCUGUGACAAGGUCAGUGCCUACGGCUUCAUCACUGAGGGCCACGAGCGCUUUUCCGAUCACUACUAUGACACCUCGUGGAAGCGACUGAUCUUUUACAUCAACCAUGACUUCGGGCUGGAGAGGACCGUGUGGAAACGGCUGCAUGAUAAAGGCGUUAUCUGGCUGUACCAGCGCCCCCAAACCACUGAGGCACAGAAGCCGGAGCCUGGGGGCAGCAGGCCUCUGACCAGCUCAGGGCGCCGGCUGCAGUGAAGUCGAGAGACUCUCCCGCCGUCUCUCCGGGCCUGGGGCAGGCCCCCAGCCCAUCAGGACUUCUAAGGAGGAAAUUACUUCACAGAGUUGCUGCGGGUUGUGAUGGAGAUUUCUAAGAUGAAGGAUGUUUUUUGGUCAUGGGGCUUGGUCAGAGUCUGGGUGCUGUCUCUGAGUGUCUUUGCUCAAGACUGGUGCUCUAC